UUGCAUUUAGAAUUUACGACUUGCUUUCGCUCACAAACGCAUGCUGAUUAUGACCAGACCCUGCUGGAAUAGACAUCAUUAAAUCAUCUUUCCACUCUCCAGGGACGAAAUUUGAAAACAAAUAAACGCUGGAGGAAACUGAAACUGAAUCUGGACUCAACAUGCCAGUAUAGCCAUCAGUUGUUAGGUAAUGCAAAACCGCAUCCACUGGUCGAUCCCAUCCCUAGUGAUUUUCAUGAGUUCUCGAAGAGGCGGAUGACGACACAGAGGCUGGCAUAUAGCAUCGAAUGCAAGAGAGGAAGAAGCACAGCAUGAUGAUUCAUGUGGGAUACGAGUUCAAUACUGUUUAGUCUCAUAAACAAGUUCGCCGAAAGUAAAUGUCAACGGAGGAAAAACAACAAUAAUUCUUACAAUAGAUAACACCGAUCGGGCAUCCGGUGGGAGUUAGCCAACAGAGGAUUCGUCUAUGGUCAAGCUUGACCUGCAUUGUGAUCAUGGUGGUGUCGGAUCAGAGAGUGGCCAUGAAAAUCGUCUUUUGGCUGGUGUGUGGUAGACAUUUCGGCCUUCUGAAUGCGUUCGAAGGGGACUGUUUUUGUGAAUGUACCCAUGAAACCCAAAUCGUGGUCUCGUUUCCCUCCAAGCUUCCGAGUGAACCGAUAUCUUGCCCGGAUAAGGUUUCCAUGCCCAAUAUCAAACAGGCUUGGUAUGGCCUGGACUCAUUGGCCACUUGUCAAAACUAUUGUAAGGAUAAACCAAAGCGCCAUUGGAUCAAUGUCACAAAAGAGUUGCAAGGAAGUUGCUAUUCAGAAUCCGGAUGCCAUACCAAAUUUGAGAGUUCCCAAAGUCUGGCAGAGACCGGCCAAGAUCCGAAGUACAAGUUUUGGUAUAUCUGCUUUGAGUGUCCGAGAGAUGGUUCAAUGGAAGAUAAAAAAAAGAAAUGCCGGAAACAUAUAAGACAGACCCGGUGUGACACGGAUAUUAAUUUUGAGUUCCAUCCUCAACGAAGCGACGUCACAGAAGCGCCAAUCGCCGAUUUCCAGGAAAUUAAAUCCUCUCAUGAAGUGAGAAGGUUCCGAGAAUUAAACAAAAAAGAUAAGAUUAAAAUUGGUCUGAAGCUCUUGGAGGCGAAACUGACCGGCUCAAUUCCAGGUCGAAAAGUUGAAGGCCGCGUUUUUAAACGACCCAAAGAAGCCUUGGAAGAGUUCUUGAUUAAAUCCGAACAAGCACUUGGCUUGUUGAGUGGAGCUCUCCAGCCAAAUGAGACCAUCGACAUAGAUUUUGAUGCCGUGGGAUCGUUUUCCAUCCUACGACGAGAUAAUCAGCAAUUCGGCUCCAACGUAUUUGAUUCGUUCAAAGGCGUCAACUUACCAGAUCAGCCCAGCCUACGAACCCAUGAGAAUUCGUUAUUGGCUGGAGUAAUCAAAUACAAAAACUCAAUCGUUAAAGAAAUCCUCAAUACAGGGAACAUUGCAGCAUUGAAAAGCGUUGCCAUUUUCGACUCUGAUGGGAACGUGACGAACCAAAACCUUCAUCAAGCCGUGACCCUUCACUUCAAGCAAGUCAAACUUCCGCCGAUUGAAGGCCAAACCGUAGAACCUCAAUGCGUGUUUUGGAACUUUAAAUCCUCCAAUUGGUCGAAUGAUGGCUGCCAAACCAUUCAAAAUUCCGAUGGCGUUACCACGUGCAGUUGCAAUCACUUGACCAAUUUUGCGGUCAUUUUGAAUAUCAUCGAUCUGGACGAGUCUACCACGGAAGUUCUUCGACUUCUCACCCUUAUUGGAUGUGCGCUUUCAUCGGUGGGGUUGAUUGGAACCAUAUUCUUCUUCCGAACCCUAAACAGCAAUGAAUACAACGAUCGAGUUCGGAUUAACGAGCAGUUUUGCGCCAACUUGCUUGCCGUUCAGAUCCUGAUUUUCUUUGGCAUGGAUCAAACGGAUCAUUCCUUAGUCUGCAAGGCAGUGGCUCUGGGUCUCCAAUACUUCCUCUUGGUAUCGUUUGCAUGGUCUUUGUUCGCUGGCCACCAAAUCUACGUAUUGCUAGUUGAAGUCUUUGAAUCCGAAGCUAAUCGCAUGAAGCAGUAUCUUGUGUUGGGGUAUGGCAUUCCUUUGGCCCUGAUAAUCAUUUCUCUCAUCGUGGAUCAUGCUGCCCUCGAGGAUCAAACCUAUGGAACGGACCAGGCGUGCUGGAUGAGCCCAAAUAGCUUGUUCUAUGUGAGCUUUCUCACUCCAAUCUUUUUGGUGACUUUCAUCAAUGUGGUUAUGCUCUCUCUCGUCAUCGUGAAGGUGUUCCGAAUUCAUCCCCGGCCUCAUUUCUACAGUCAAGCCCGUGGAUGGCUGAGUUUGGCACUCUUUUUGGGUGUCACCUGGGUUUUGGGGCUCGUGGCUAAAGUAAGUUCGAGCUAUUACUUGGCCGUGACCUUCGCAGUGCUCAACGCUCUCCAAGGAUUUCUCAUCUUCUGCUUUCAUGUGGUUUUGGGCUCCAAAUUGAGAGAUAUCGUCAAGCGAAAGAUCAAGACACAUUCUGAUUUUAGUGACGACUCGAGAAGAAACCACACUGUCCAAAAAUCCAAUGAAAGUCGAACCAUGUCCUUGUCAUAAAUUUACCAAAGCCAAUAACUUAUGCACACGAAGAUGUUCUUUACCUACCUUAGGAGGCCAAAUCAUCGGAAUGUGAAUUCCUGAGGCUCCUUGAUAUCUGAAGAUGGAAUCAAAACUCGUUACCAGCUUCCUCCCACAAGCUAACUUGUUCUUACCAUUGCUCUUUGUCAAACAUACGUAGAGUAGAUCAGGAAAAGUUAUCAUUCUUGAAAUACCUCCUUUUCAUUUGAUGUCCAUAACCUCAUUCGAAAAAUGAGGAGGUAAUGAGUGCUUCAAAAGAAAAUUCAUCCUCUUUUCAUCCAGUUCAGAGGGAGACGAAUACUCAUUCGAGUCCAGUUGCUCAUCAUGAUGUACUGGAAUUUCAAUUGUUCCCAUGCUUUGCCGCAUAUUGCAGCCUAGCAAUUGUAAAGAACCUCAUAAUUUGCCAAAUAUCAAUCUAGGAGCCAUAUAGUACAAACAUACUGUGUGAGCUUUAAAUACUUAAAGCAAUUUUUUUUUUGUUUUUCGCGAAUUUUAUUGGAAAGUUAUUUACCUGGAAUAAAUUUUCGCGUUUUCUUCAAA